GGUUCGAUUCUAUUCGUGAACGUGUGAAACACACACGCAGGCUGGGGGACUAGUGUCGCACCGGGGAGGUCCAUCUCAUCUGAGAGCCGCUCCUGACGGAAGAUCCCGGAGCCAGCCGCAUGUCCAGCGUGUGUUUGUUUUGAGCGUGUGUGUAUGAGUGCGAGUGUGUGUGUUUAGGAGGAGGAGUGAGUCGGCUCGGUGUCGGUGUGAGGAGAGAUGGAAGCGGAGAAGGCGGAUGCAGGAGGAGACGCGUUCUCGGUGUCCACUGGUCGGAUGUAGACGCGCUUUGAUCCCGGACUCUUCUGGAUCCCGUUAGUGCACGCGCGAACUGUCAAUCACACCAGCGGGGAUCCGUACAUGUGAGCGCAUGGCGCACCGGGCUGGGCGGUUCUGCUCACUGGAUGAGGACCACACGCCGGUACUGAAGGAUGGAAGGUCAAUGCUCUCCGAGGCGCGUUGAUUAGCGACAUUGCGCGAUCGCUCUGCCCCAGACCCCGGAGGGAAGAUGAUGUGCGAGGUGAUGCCCACCAUCAGCGAGGGGGACUCGGGGGGUCCUCCCAGAGGCGCCAGCGGCGUCCCCAACGGCUCGGAGCAGGAGGCCAACUUCGAGCAGUUGAUGGUCAACAUGCUGGACGAAAGGGACAAGCUGCUGGAGUCCCUCAGGGAGACGCAAGAGACUCUCAUCCAGUCUCAGACCAAGCUGCAGGGGGCGCUGCACGAGAGGGACGUGCUCCAGCGGCAGAUCAACGCUGCGCUGCCUCAGGAGUUUGCCACCCUGACCAAGGAGCUGAACAUAUGCCGAGAGCAGCUGCUGGAGAAGGAGGAGGAGAUAUCAGAGCUGAAGGCCGAGCGCAACAACACCAGGCUGCUACUGGAGCACCUGGAGUGUCUGGUGUCACGUCAUGAACGCAGUUUGAGGAUGACGGUGGUGAAGCGACAGGCUCCGCCCCCAUCAGGGGUCUCCAGUGAGGUGGAGGUCCUCAAAGCACUGAAGUCUCUGUUUGAACACCACAAGGCUCUCGAUGAAAAGGUGCGUGAGAGACUUCGGGUGGCUCUGGAGCGAGUGGCCACCCUGGAGGGACAGCUGGCCGCGGCCACACAAGAGCUGAACAUGGUGAGACAGAGGAAAGACGGCGACUCCACGGAGAGGACAGAUGGAUCCAAACCUACAUGGAAGCGACUCCCUAACGGCUCCAUCGACGCCCACGAAGACGGCAGCCGGGCGUCUGAGCUCCAGGAGCUGCUGGACAGGACCAACAAGGAACUGGGCCAGACCCGGGACCACUCGGCUACUUUAAGUGCCCGCAUUGCCGACUUGGAGGUGGAACUCACGAACGCACGCCGAGAGCUGAGUCGCAGUGAGGAGCUGUCAAUCAAACAGCAGAGGGAGCAGAGAGAGAGAGAAGACAUGGAGGAGAGGAUCACGACCUUGGAAAAACGCUACCUAGCCGCCCAGAGGGAAACCACACACAUCCACGACCUCAACGACAAGCUGGAGAACGAACUGGCCACCAAAGACUCUCUGCACAGACAAAGCGAGGAGAAAGUGCGUCAGCUGCAGGACAUGCUGGAGAUGGCGGAGCAAAGGUUGGCUCAAACCAUGAGGAAGGCCGAGACGCUACCGGAGGUGGAGGCGGAACUGGCGCAGAGAGUGGCGGCGCUCUCCAAGGCCGAGGAACGACACGGCAAUGUGGAGGAGCGGCUUCGACAGCUGGAGUCACAACUGGAGGAGAAGAAUCAGGAGCUGGGAAGGGCACGUCAGAGAGAAAAAAUGAACGAGGAGCACAACAAGCGUUUGUCAGACACCGUGGAUCGUCUGCUCACAGAGUCCAAUGAGAGACUGCAGCUGCAUCUGAAGGAACGCAUGGCUGCACUGGAGGACAAGAAUUCUCUCAUUCAAGACCUGGAGAACUGCCAGAAACAGCUGGAAGAAUUCCAUCACACCAGGGAGCGACUUAUUGGAGAGAUAGAGAAGCUGCGAAAUGAGAUCGACCACCUGAAACGUCGCAGUGGAGCUUUCGGCGACGGAACUCACCCGCGGUCUCACCUGGGAAGCGCCAGCGACCUCCGCUACUCAGUGGUGGAAGGUCAGGACGGCCACUAUAGCACAACCGUUAUCAGACGGGCGCAGAAGGGCCGGCUGACGGCGCUGAGGGACGACCCCAACAAGGUGUGCGCCGUGUUCGGGCAGGACUACCCUUCACUGCGCGGCAGCGUCAGUCACCUCCUGGGCAGCGACAUGGAGGCGGAGUCUGACAUGGACGACGACGUCAGCUCGGCGCUGCUGUCGCCCAGCGGUCAGUCAGACGCCCAGACUCUGGCUCUGAUGCUGCAGGAGCAGCUCGACGCUAUCAAUGAAGAGAUCAGGAUGAUCCAGGUGGAGAGAGAGUCAGCUGACCUGCGCUCCGACGAGAUCGAGUCUCGGGUGAACAGCGGGAGCAUGGACGGACUGAACGUGACCCUUCGACCCCGAGCCCUACCCACCUCUGCCACCGCACAAUCCCUGGCGUCCUCCUCCUCCCCACCCACCAGCGGCCACUCGACACCCAAGCACCACUCACGCAACACCAGCCACCACCUGGGCAUCAUGACUCUGCCGAGCGACCUGAGGAAACACCGCAGGAAAGUGGCGUCGCCAGUUGAGGUUGACAAAGCAACAAUCAAGUGCGAGACGUCGCCGCCGUCAUCGCCACGCAGUUUACGACUGGAAACCAACUUUGCUCAGUUUACAGGAAGUCUGGAAGAUGGACGCGGCAAGCAGAAGAAAGGCAUCAAGUCCUCCAUCGGACGCUUGUUUGGGAAGAAGGAAAAAGGACGAUUGGAGCAGACGCUGGUCAGGGAAGGCCAGCCUCUGCAGGCGCUCACAGACCUGGAAAUGAACAUCGGUGACACGAUGACUCUGGGUAAACUGGGCACCCAGGCUGAGAGGGAUCGCCGCAUGAAGAAAAAACAUGAGCUGCUUGAGGAGGCGAGGAAAAGAGGACUGCCGUUCGCCCAGUGGGAUGGUCCCACCGUCGUCUCCUGGCUGGAGCUGUGGGUGGGGAUGCCGGCCUGGUACGUGGCCGCCUGUCGUGCCAAUGUGAAGAGCGGAGCCAUCAUGUCCGCCCUGUCCGACACUGAGAUCCAGCGGGAGAUCGGCAUCAGCAACCCUCUGCACCGACUCAAACUCCGUCUGGCCAUCCAGGAGAUGGUGUCCCUCACCAGCCCGUCCGCUCCGCUCACGUCCAGAACGUCCUCCGGAAAUGUGUGGGUGACUCAUGAAGAGAUGGAGAACCUGGCGUCAUCCACUAAAGCGGUGAAUGAGGAGGGCAGCUGGGCUCAGACACUGGCGUAUGGCGACAUGAACCACGAGUGGAUCGGAAACGAGUGGCUGCCCAGUCUGGGUCUACCUCAGUACCGCUCUUACUUCAUGGAGUGUCUGGUGGACGCGCGCAUGCUGGACCAUCUGACCAAGAAGGACUUGAGGAGUCACCUCAAGAUGGUGGACAGCUUUCAUAGGGCCAGUCUGCAGUACGGGAUCAUGUGCUUGAAGAGGAUCAACUACGACAGGAAGGACUUGGAGCGUCGGAGAGAAGACAGCCAGCACGAUAUGAAAGAUGUGCUGGUCUGGACCAAUGAGCAAGUCAUCCACUGGGUCCAGUCCAUCGGUCUGAGGGAGUACUGUGGCAACCUGUUGGAGAGCGGCGUCCACGGGGCCCUGCUGUCGCUGGACGAGACCUUCGACUACAGCAGCCUCGCACUCAUCCUGCAGAUCCCUAUGCAGAACACACAGGCACGGCAGGUUCUGGAGCGGGAGUUCAACAACCUGUUAGCUCUGGGGACCGACCGACGACUGGAGGAGGGUGGAGACGACAAGUCUUUCCGGCGCUCUCCUUCAUGGAGGAAGAGGUUCCGGGCGCGUGAGGGCGGCACCGGGCUGGGGAUGAUGGCUGGCUCCAUGGAGACGCUUCCAGCUGGUUUCCGCAUGCCCUCGAUGUCACUUCCUCCUUCGGUCCAUUUGAUGUCCAAGAAGCAACUCCAGCCUGAAGCUCCGCCCCCAACGCCGCCAAGACUCGACCCGUCUGCAGUGCGGACCUACUCAUGCUAACUCCUCUCUGCUAACUAACAGCAGCGUUAAUGUGAACAGUGCAUUCUCAUUACCUGUACGGACACAUGCUCGCGGCCUUUUGAGAGUGACAUGCCAAAUCAGCGGGCCCGGUGGUGGUGGGCGGAGCGCCAUCCUCUCACUCGAGCCCUUCACCUUUUACUACGGACAUGUGCAAUACAGAGGUGGACGGAGACCUCUGACCUGUUGAACUGCGAGAUUGUGACGCUCAGCUGCGCUCGCUACUGUCGAGGAGCCCAGCCCCUCCCUCCCCCAAUGCCCCCAGUAGCCUUGUCGUGGUGUCGUGCUCCCGUUCUCCUCCGUGGGGUUUCAACCUUGUUCUAAUCGUCUGAAAGGGAGCGGCCAACUUCCCCUCCAGAGGGGGCGCCAGAAGAGAGCGGCACGUGGACAAAGCGAUGCGCUCACCGCACAUGGCCUCUCAUACGGUUAUGCAAGGUAUUCCUGGGUUAUUGUACAUACCAAAUGAUGACAUAUGUUUUUUAUAUUAAAAAAAAAAAAUAUAUAUAUAUAUAUAUUGGGAAUAUAUACGGAAAAUACUAUAUGACUGCUGUACGAACCCCAAUAUUCAAUCGUGACUGUUCUCCUCCCUCCUGCUAUCUUUCUUUCUCUCACUGUGUCGGGCUGUUUGUGUGUUUUGCCGUAAGUGUGUGUGUGUGUGACUCGUUGGUGAAAUGGACUCACAAGAAGCGUGUUUCUUUAUGGACUCCUCCCAGGAUGGUGGGUCCAAAUUCAGAAUCCUCUCCCCCUCCUCUUCUUUUGAUGCCGUGUAGCGCUCCUCUCUUCACCUCUCGCCUUCCGUCCGACACUAUGUAGCCUAGCGUAGAGAGAUCCUUUAAUAUGAAGUGUGAAGUGUGUGUGAACGUCCAACUCCGGCCGCGUGAACUUGGUAGCUUCUCUUUGAACUUUAUUUCCAAUUCAACUGCUGCUCAACACAAACCAAUGAAUUCCACUGAAACUGCUCCGAGUGACAGGUGUUCCUCUCCAGUCGUGUUCCUCUCCAGUCGUGUUCCAUUCCGUUGCUGUGGAAACCAGCCGUUGAAUGGCGACCACUCUUGGCUUCCUGACGCCUCAGCCGACCAGAACACAGCGUGUGAGCCAGCGAGCUGCGCGAUGGCCGUACAAUCGAUUCCGUUUGUCAUUUGACGAUUUUUUUUUUGUCCGAGGUGUUUAAGGUGUAAUGUGCUAUGUGGCAGCUACGAGUACUGUGUCUUUAUUCCAGGUGUGAAACUAUGCUGACAUAUCAAGAUUUUAUGAUUUGGCUAUUUAAAGAAGUGUACUGUAUUUAUGACUCUAUAUAGACAUGAGUAAAGUUGUUUUUUAAAAACUCAUGUGGUGGACUUUUUCCUCCAGCGCUGAAACCUGAUGAGUUAUUCUGGUACUUGCGUUUUUUGUUUAUCCACAGACACUCACUUUCUUUACAGAGAUGCAGUUUUCCAAGAUGUCUGUAUGUGCAGUGAAGCUCAGUAUAGUUACAGUGGCUGAGAAGAACACAUUUACAAGUUGACAACGUAAACUCGUAAACUAGUCAACUAAUAUUUCCUGGGUUUGUAAGCGUAUUUCCAGGUUUGUAAAUAUGAUUUCACAGUUUGUUUUAACAUCUUUCUGCAUUUAGUCGACUCCCAUGGUGGUCUCCCUCGAAUGGUACUAGUGGAAUAUUCCAGCAACCACUUCUGCUGGAAACACAUUUACAAACUCUGAAAACAUAUUUA